CUGCGCGGCGCGGGCGGGGCCUCUGGGGCGGAGCGGCCACCAUCUUGGAACGGGAGGCGGAGCAGAGCUGACUGGGAGCGACCGAGCGGGCCGCCGCCGCCGCCAUGAACCCCGAAUAUGACUACCUGUUUAAGCUACUUUUGAUUGGUGACUCGGGCGUGGGCAAGUCAUGCCUGCUCCUGCGGUUUGCUGAUGACACAUACACAGAGAGCUACAUCAGCACCAUCGGCGUGGACUUCAAGAUUCGAACCAUUGAGCUGGAUGGCAAAACCAUCAAACUUCAGAUUUGGGACACGGCGGGUCAGGAACGAUUCCGGACCAUCACUUCCAGCUACUAUCGGGGGGCUCAUGGCAUCAUCGUGGUGUAUGACGUCACCGACCAGGAAUCCUAUGCCAACGUGAAGCAGUGGCUACAGGAGAUUGACCGCUAUGCCAGUGAGAAUGUCAAUAAACUCCUCGUGGGCAACAAGAGCGACCUCACCACCAAAAAGGUGGUGGACAACACCACAGCCAAGGAGUUUGCAGACUCCCUGGGCAUCCCCUUCCUGGAGACGAGUGCCAAGAAUGCCACCAAUGUGGAGCAGGCGUUCAUGACCAUGGCUGCUGAGAUCAAAAAGCGGAUGGGGCCAGGCGCAGCCUCAGGGGGUGAAAGGCCCAACCUCAAGAUUGACAGCACCCCUGUGAAGCCAGCUGGUGGUGGCUGUUGCUAGGAAGGGCACUUGGGGUGGAACAGGAGGGGGCACCUUCUCCAGAUGAUGCCCCUGGAGGGAGCAAGAGGCGCCUCCCUCUGCCUCUCUGGGGGCACUUGAGUCUGUGGCUUUGGGGUGUCCUGGGCUCCCCAUCUCCCUCUGGCCCAUCUGCCUGCUGCCCUGAGCCCCAGUUCUGUCAGGGCCCCCAAGGGAGGACAUGCAGGACCUGUGGCUUGGGUGGGGGCAGGGGCAGGGGCUGCUCUGCUGCUGCCUCUAGGUACCUUGAAAAGAUGCCCCAACCAUGCACCUUCCUUUGGAAUGAGGGCUCUGUCUGUCUCCCCACCCCCAUGUAUGCUGCACUGGGUUUCUCUUCUCUUCCUUCUCUCCCCACCUUUACAAGAGCUAAGGGCCCCCCUGGCCUUUGCUGCCCAUGGCUGUAGUCAGUGCCUGGGGCCAGGAGUGUCACCAAGGAAUCCAGGACCUGGGAUCCAGGGCCCUGGGCUUGACCUCAGGAUGGACACUGGGGUCACAGGGGCCAAGCAGCCUACUCUUUCCCUGUCUCCCUCCACCCCUCCCACACUCAGCUCAAGCCGUCCAGCUGCAGGGGCGAUACAGCACGGCUAGGGCAGGUGGGCGGGUGGCUGCGCUGGGCCUAUGUCUUGAGCCCAUAGGGAGCCUGCUCCUGCCUCCCUCUGCCCUGCCAGAGGCAGGCCCAUGUGCUGCCUGCCCACCGUGCCCCUUUGUCCCUGUGGCAGGCGGAGGCGGAAGGCCCACCGAGCCCAAGGCCAGGCACCAGCCUUAACCCUCACUCUGCCAGCACCUCUUCCCUAUCCCUGAGGCAGCACAUCAGGCUUAUUCUCCCAUCCUCAGAGCCUAAGAGGGCAGAGCCUCAUCCCGUGUUGCUACUUCUCUGGGAAAUAUGGGUGCAACCCAGAGUUGGGGGUCUCUCUGUUCACCCCCUCCAAACCCAGGAUCCUGACCCCCCUGCCCUCUGGCACAGCUUCUUCCUGCAGAAAACAAAUCUGGUCUCUUCCUGAGAAGCCAUGUCCCUUGUGCUGUCUCUUGCCUGUCCCACCCACGCUGUGCCCUCCCCUCCCGCUUGUAUUUAAAUCCCUGGGCUGCCCCUUGGGUGGGGAGGCCCU